AUGGGUUCAGUCGAAGCAGACGGUCACCCAAAAAUCCUCAUCAACGUCGGAGCCAAAAAUGUCCCCUUCUACACUCCCAUCCAAGAUCCUCCUGCAGGAACCCCAUGGGAUGUUCAGCCCGAAGGUAGUUUAUUCUCCCCCCUCAAACUACGAGGUCUAACGCUCCACAAUCGUAUCAUCGUAUCACCAAUGUGCCAAUACUCUGCUAAGGAUGGCUACAUGACCCCAUGGCACAAGCAACACCUCGGAAGUUUCGCCGCACGUGGCUCUGGACUCAUCAUCACGGAAGUAAAUGCGGUGUCACCAGAGGGACGAAUCAGCCCCCAAGAUGCCGGUAUCUGGGAAGAUGGACAGCUUGAGCCUCUGAAAGAGAUUGUGGAUUUCGUGCAUAGCCAAGGCGCGAGAAUUGCUAUUCAGAUGGGCCAUGCCGGGAGAAAGGCGAGUACUGUUGUGCCCUGGCUGGAUCGCAAGAACACAGCUGUCAAAGAGGCUGGUGGCUGGCCGGACGAAGUGGUUGCACCAAGUGCAGUUCCCUACAGUCCAGACUCUCUUACUCCCAGAGAGAUGACAAGCGAUGGCAUUACCAAAUUCAAGCAAGAUUGGGUUGCUGCUGUGAAGAGAGCCCUCAAGGCUGGCUUUGAUGCCAUCGAAAUCCACGCUGCACAUGGAUAUCUCCUAAACGCAUUCCUCUCCCCAGCCUCAAAUCAACGAACCGACCAAUACGGCGGAUCUUUCGAAAACCGUACUCGUCUCCUUCUAGAGACCGUUAAACUCACCCGCGAUAUCGUCCCCGAGGACUUUCCCCUUCUUGUCCGCAUGCCAGGAACAGACUACCUCGAGUUCGAUUCGUCUUUACCACAGUGGCAUAUCGAAGAAGCCGCAAAGCUCGGUCAAAUCCUGGCUGCAAAUGGUAUCGAUCUGAUCGAUAUUUCAGGCGGCGGUUUGGAUAGUCGUCAGAAGAUCACUUCUGGUCCUGGAUAUCAAGUCCCGUAUGCUGCCGCCGUGAAGAAAGCUGUCAAGGAUACCGGAGUUGCUGUGACUUCAGUUGGAAUGAUCACCUCCGGAAAGCAAGCUCAGGGUUAUCUGAGUGAUGGCUCUGUAGAUGCUGUGUUGGUGGGACGGGGUUUCCUCAAGGACCCUAAUCUUGUCUGGCACUGGGCGGAUGAGCUAGAUGUUGACAUCCACGUCGCUUCUCAAUAUGGCUGGGGGUUUGGAAUGACCCGUACUCACCGACAUAGAAAGCACUAA